AUGGGCGUAGAGACAAUUCUUGAUGUCGAGGAAUCGACAGAACCUCCUAUAUGUGGUUAUAAGGAACCCUCCAAUGCGACAAGCCACAUAAAUUCUCAGCCCUGUGCUACUGGGGAAAAGUCUAUCUCGCAUACCCAGGACCCUGCACCUCAGAGCCAACCAGACAAAGAGCCGGGCCACAACGCCCAUCUUAUCGAACCAAAAGAGCUUGCCUCGUCGCUCGAAACAGACCUUCGAAAUGGACUGUCAGGCACAGAAGCGGUCAUCCGCCUCCAGCGCGAUGGUCCGAAUACCGUGCGUGAAAUGGAGAGUGUCUCCGUCUGGGGGAUACUGCUAAGGCAGGUAUCCAACAGCUUGACUUUAGUCCUUCUCAUAACAAUGGCUCUGUCGUUCGGAAUCGACGACUACAUCGAGGGCGGCGUUAUUACCGCAGUGAUCGUGCUGAACAUCGUCGUAGGCUUCGUACAAGACUACCGUGCCGAAAAGACAAUCAUGUCACUGCAUCGACUUUCAGCGCCAGUCUGCAGAGUCAUUCGAGAUGGCCAGCUUGCGUCCACCAAGGCAGAAUCACUGGUCGUCGGCGAUAUCGUUCAGCUGGCGGUUGGAGAUAUCGUCCCUGCCGACUUACGCUUGUUCGAUGGCAUGAACGCUUCAAUGGACGAGGCCCUUCUCACGGGGGAAUCCUUGCCCAUCCUGAAGACCCCGCAUAUCACUUUGGAAUUGCCUGAUAUCCCCAUUGGUGACCGCACCAAUAUGGCCUAUUCGGGUUGUAGCACGACCCAGGGUCGAGCGACAGGGAUUGUCGUUGCCUGUGGAAUGAAAACGGAGGUUGGAAAAAUCGCCCAGCUACUUCAGACCCAGCCUAGCUCUGGUGAGUCCACACGGCUCAUGAGAUGGAUCAACGGAAUCAAAAGGUUUUUCAUGAACAUAUUGGGUCUCGUCGGAACGCCACUACAAGUCAAACUGAGCAAAUUCGCCCUUUUGUUGUUUGCGCUUGCUAUACUACUGGCCAUCAUUGUCUUCUCGGCUAGUAAGUGGGAUGUCCAGGGCGAGGUCCUCAUCUACGGAAUUUGUGUUGCCGUUGCCGUGAUCCCAGAAUCAUUGAUUGCUGUCCUCACGAUCACAAUUGCCGUCGGAACCAAGGCAAUGGCUCGGGGUAAUGUGAUUGUCCGAAAGCUCCAAUGUCUCGAGGCUGUAGGUGGCGUAACCAACAUCUGCUCUGACAAGACUGGGACUUUGACCCAGGGAAAGAUGAUUGCUCGGUCUGCAUGGAUUCCCGGUGCCGGUACUCUGACUGUGAGCCAGACGACGGAUCCGUUUGACCCGACCAGCGGGCUUGUCCAGCUUGAUGAAAUUGACUGGAGCUCAACUAAACCCAUCGAGGAAAGCCCUGCCCUGCAUACAUUUCUCCAAGCCAUCUCACUUUGCAACCUAUCAACUGUCCAUCAUGACAAUGGAAUUUGGAGCGCCGUUGGCGAGCCAACCGAGGUCGCGCUACAUGUACUGGCCAUGCGGUUUGACUUUGGAAAAUCAUCUGUGUUGCAGAGACGCCAGCUUCAGCUGAAGACAGAGUAUUCGUUUGACUCUUCCAUCAAGAAGAUGACCGUUGUCUAUCACAACGCACAGGAGAUGAUCAACGAGUGUUACACAAAGGGAGCACCAGAGACUAUCAUUCCCGCUCUCCGCAUUAGUGAAACAGAGAAGCGCACUAUCAGAGACACGGCGGACCGAAUGGCGGGCGAGGGACUCAGGGUUCUAUGCAUUGCAUACAAAAUAUCACCCACCAGCGACGAUUCCCAAGUCUCAUCACGAAGGGCCGCCGAAUCUGAACUUAACUUCGGGGGCCUCGUGGGCUUAUAUGACCCCCCUCGUGUUGAAACAGCUGCGGCAGUGCGCAGGUGUCAAAUGGCCGGUAUCACAGUACAUAUGCUUACUGGAGACCACAUCAAAACUGCAACAGCAAUUGCCUCGGAAGUGGGGAUUCUAGACCGUGUUGCAGCUGACGUCAAAUCAGGGAGACUUGUCAUGGCAGCGGACGAGUUUGACCGAUUGACCGAUACUGAAGUCGACGGCAUUGAAGAUCUUCCUCUCGUGAUUGCCCGAUGCAGCCCUGCCACUAAGGUCCGCAUGGUAGAUGCUAUGCAUCGCCGUGGGGCAUUUUGCGUCAUGACGGGUGAUGGCGUGAACGAUUCACCCGCUCUGAAAAGAGCCGAUGUCGGCAUUGCCAUGGGAAAGAACGGCAGUGAUGUUGCCAAGGAGGCUGCGGACAUGGUUUUGACCGAUGACAAUUUCUCGUCUAUCGUCAAGGCUGUUGAGGAAGGAAGACGUCUGUUCGACAACAUUCAAAAGUUCCUCAUGCAUCUACUCAUAUCAAACAUUGCUCAAGUCAUUCUACUUCUGAUUGCUCUCGCAUUCAAAGACGCAGGAGGAGACUCGGUAUUUCCGCUCUCACCUUUGGAGAUUCUCUGGGCAAAUCUUGUCACCUCAUCAUUCCUAGCCGUCGGUUUGGGACUCGAGGAAGCCCAGCCCGAUAUCAUGUACAGACCUCCACAUGAUCUGCGCAUCGGUGUCUUUACCCGCGAGCUGAUCAUGGACAAAAUGAUCUACGGUACAUUCAUGGGAUCACUGUGCCUGGUCUCAUUUGUCUGCGUCAUUUACGCGGCCGGAACAGGGACUUCCUCUCUCGGCGAUGGUUGCAAUCAGGGAUACAAUCCUAGCUGCGACGAGGUAUUUCGUGCGCGAGCCACCACGUAUGCCACUCUUACUUUCCUGCUGCUCGUUACUGCGUGGGAAGUUAAGCAUUUCUCGCGGUCUCUGUUCAAUAUGGAUCCGAUUCGAUAUCCGAAGGCCUUCUCGGUGCUCCCCACCGUGUGGAAUAACCGGUUUUUGUUCUGGGCUGUGCUUGCUGGCUUUGUAAUCGCCUUCCCAGUGAUUUAUCUUCCAGUCAUUAACAAAACAGUUUUCAAACACCAGGCCAUUGGAUGGGAGUGGGGAGUUGUGUUUGGCUGCACCCUUGUUUACCUGGCACUGGUUGAAAGCUGGAAGGCUGUCAAGCGAGCCUUUGGGAUUGGCAGUGGACAGAAUGCUACUCUCACCCUUGAAGACGCCGAGAUGAGGGCAGGAUUAGGUAUAAGCACCCCACUCUCCGUGAGUGCCAAUGCCAGUGUUGAGCUCAAGUAG